AUGAGGAGGAUGAUGAUCAUGUUGAAGAUGUUGACUCAUACGAGGAUGAUGAUGUUUAAGUUGUUGAUGAAGAUGAGGAUGAUCAUGUUAAAGAUGUUGACUCAUAUGAGGAUGUUUAAGUUGUUGAUGAAGAUGAGGAGGAUGAUGAUAUUGAAGAUGUUGACUCAUACGAGGAUGAUGAUGUUUAAGUUGUUGAUGAAGAUGAGGAGGAUGAUCAUGUUGAAGAUGUUGACUCAUACUAGGAUGAUGAUGAAGAUGAGGAUGAUCAUAUGUAAACUAAUCGAGGAUGAUGAUUUUAAAGUUGUUGAUGAAGAUGAGGAGGAUCAUGUUAAAGUUGUUGAUAAAGAUGAGGAGGAUGAUGAUCAUGUUGAAGAUGUUGACUCAUACGAGGAUGAUGAUGUAAAAGUUGUUGAUGAAGAUGAGGAUGAUCAUGUUGAAGAUGUUGACUCAUACGAGGAUGAUGAUGUAAAAGUUGUUGAUGAAGAUGAGGAGGAUCAUGUUGAAGAUGUUGACUCAUACGAGGAUGAUGAUGUUAAAGUUGUUGAUGAAGAUGAGGAGGAUGAUGAUCAUGUUGAAGAUGUCAACUCAUACGAGGAUGAUGAUGUUAAAUUUGUUGAUGAAGAUGAGGAUGAUCAUGUUGAAGAUGUUGACUCAUACGAGGAUGAUGAUGAGGAUGAUGAUCAUGUUGAAGAUGUUGACUCAUACGAGGAUGAUGAUGUUAAAUUUGUUGAUGAAGAUGAGGAUGAUCAUGUUGAAGAUGUUGACUCAUAUGAGGAUGAUGAUGUUAAAGUUGUUGAUGAAGAUGAGGAGGAUGAUGAUCAUGUUGAAGAUGUUGACUCAUACGAGGAUGAGGAUGUUAAAUUUGUUGAUGAAGAUGAGGAUGAUCAUGUUGAAGAUGUUGACUCAUACGAGAAUGAUGAUGAUGAUGAUCAUGUUGAAGAUGUUGACUCAUACGAGGAUGAUGAUGUAAAAGUUGUUGAUGAAGAUGAGGAGGAUCAUGUUAAAGUUGUUGAUAAAGAUGAGGAGGAUGAUGAUCAUGUUGAAGAUGUUGACUCAUACGAGGAUGAUGAUGAUGAUGAUGUAAAAGAUGUUGAUGAAGAUGAGGAUGAUCAUGUUGAAGAUGUUGACUCAUAUGAGGAUGAUGAUGUUAAAGUUGAUGAUGAAGAUGAGGAGGAUGAUGAUCAUGUUGAAGAUGUCAACUCAUACGAGGAUGAUGAUGUUAAAUUUGUUGAUGAAGAUGAGGAUGAUCAUGUUGAAGAUGUUGACUCAUACGAGGAUGAUGAUGAGGAUGAUGAUCAUGUUGAAGAUGUUGACUCAUACGAGGAUGAUGAUGUUAAAUUUGUUGAUGAAGAUGAGGAUGAUCAUGUUGAAGAUGUUGACUCAUAUGAGGAUGAUGAUGUUAAAGUUGUUGAUGAAGAUGAGGAGGAUGAUGAUCAUGUUGAAGAUGUUGACUCAUACGAGGAUGAGGAUGUUAAAUUUGUUGAUGAAGAUGAGGAUGAUCAUGUUGAAGAUGUUGACUCAUACGAGGAUGAUGAUGAUGAUGAUCAUGUUAAAGAUGUUGACUCAUACGAGGAUGAUGAUGUUAAAGUUGAUGAUGAAGAUGAGGAGGAUGAUGAUCAUGUUGAAGAUGUCAACUCAUACGAGGAUGAUGAUGUUACAUUUGUUGAUGAAGAUGAGGAUGAUCAUGUUGAAGAUGUUGACUCAUACGAGGAUGAUGAUGUUUAA